GUUGCUUGCUUCCACUCCAGCUAGCCCUGAACUGACACUCUCGUAUCCGCCAGCUUCUCACAGCAGUCUGUGGGCGAAGCUAGAGGAGGACACUAGUUUAUCUCUCCCAUAACACGAAACCACUUCCGUUCGUCCGCACUUUCCACUUCUAAACCUCGCCUCGCUCUUACUUCAGGGCGACCUUUCAGAAUUCGUCCGAAUACCUUGUGCCAUUACGCACAGCUUGUCUUGAUUCACCUCCACCCUAUUGCUGGAUUCGUGUCGCGGGCUAAUAUCGCUUGAACCGCCGCCCGUCCCAUGGCGGGAGGAGCGUUCUCCGCGGAUUCACCCAGCAACAGCGCCAUAGCCGCGUUGCUGUGCGGCCUCCCCGAGCCGCUCCUCCACAGCAUCGUGCGCCGCCUCUCGUUCCGCGACCUCGCGUCGCUCGUGUGCUCGUGCCGUGCCAUGGCGGCCCUCUCCGACGACCUCUUCGCGUGCGUCGACGAGCUGGACAUGACGCAGUUCGCCUGGGUCGACCCGUCGCUCUGCGACAUUCUUCUGCAUCGCCUGCGAGGUGCGACGCUGCGACGCGUCGUCUUCUCCCUGGGCGUCUUCACCCACCACUCCUUCUGGUGCCCCGAUGCCAUUCAACGGUGGCAGAUGGCCGCCAAGUACAGCCCGGAGGUCGAAUCCGCAGUGCUCGCGCGAUUCCCGGCGCACGCGCACCAUCUGGGCGGCAGCGACCGCCUGUUGCUGAAUCUGCUCUACGGCAACUCGCACCCGCGCCCCAUGGACGUCCUCGUGCACGCCACGUGGCUGGAGCGGCUGCUGAUGUGUCACGGGCGGCACGUGGAGGAGCUGGUGGUGGACUGCGACGCGGCCGUGAAGAUAUGGCCGCUGAAGGAACCCGUCAUGGAGAUGGCGAUGGUGGCGCGGCUGUGCCCCCGCCUGCGCCGCUACUGCGCGCGCUCGCUGUACCACCGCAGCAUCGGGGGCAGCGGGCCGGGCUCGGCCUGGCAAGCGGCGCAGCAGCCGCUGCUGCUGCUGCAGCACUGCCCACGGCUCUCCGUGCUGUCCUCGCGACUCGUGCUCACCAAGGAAAGUCUCCCCGCGCUGCUCUCGUCGCAGCGCCCGUACGCGCUGCAGCAGGCCAGUGUGCAUGUGGCGCUGGGGGGCGACGCGCACGGGGAGGGCGCGGCUGCUAGCGCGGACGCGGAGGAGGGCGAGUGGCGGCAGGCAGCAGGCAGGCAGUUGCAGCGCCUGGCGUCGCUGCUGCCAGCGCUGCGCACGGUGCACCUGUCGUACGCCACGGCCUCCUGCGUGCCCCUUGCUGCUGCCCUCCUCACGCACCUGCCCCAGCUGCAGAGUGUGACGAUCGCCAACGACCCGUCCUUCCUGGCGCGCCGCGCCAUGGAGUACCUGCUCCACCACGGCCCCGCCGCCACUGCCGCAGCCACCCCGCCCUCGCACCUGCCGCGCCUCUUCCAGUCGCUGCCGCCCUCCGUGGCGUGCCUCAACCUGCUCUCCGUGCCGCACGCCGACUUCGACGCCGUCUUUGGGCCCGCUGAGCAAGCGCUGACUCACCUUCCAUGCACUCUGACACAUCUUGACGUGUCUUUCGUUGAUUGGCCAAGAAGGUCCCUGACAGAGCAGCAACAGGCAGCAGUACGGCGGGCGCUGGCAGCGACAGGCAGUGGCGGGUCACUGGCGAGCUGCCGGGUGAGGGGAUCAGCGGGGCUGCAGCUCAAGGAGGACUCGCUGCUCUUCUCCAUCACCAUUCCCUGAUCGCUAUCCACCGCUCCAUCAUCACCCCCCCUGUGUGAAGUUUGAGCUGUGUCGGCAUCCCUGGCAGCUGCAUGAAGGUUGUCAUGCACUGUGGUGGCUGCUCUGCCUGUGGGUGCACCCCACUCUACACCAAUCUCACCACACGCCUGUUCAGAUGAGGCGGUACCAGGGAAGCGUUUUUGCGUGCCAGCUGUGUUGCAGUGUAGAGAUCGUGCGUUCAUUAUUUGUGUUUGUUCUUUCACUGCUUGCUCCCCCCAAUCCACUUGGCUGAGGCAGAACAACCUCCCCCUACUUGCAGUAUCCCCCUGACCUGAGGUUCGGAACGUUCCUGUCCCAAAAAUUAGCGUUGAGUUGUGCAGUGUGGCACUAAAUUGCUAGAUUGGAUACUUGCACCAUGCUGUACCGUACUAUUUGGAAUGGCUGUGUGAAACAUAUAUAUUUGAGUGGUAU